AUGGCCUUCUUCAAUCCCGUCUACGCUUUCGUUGUGCCCUUCCUUUUCGUCGUCACCGUUCCUCUUGCUGUCUUCGCUGGCAUCACAACUACCAUUGCCUUCUCUGUUCUUGUUCUCAGGGUGCUGUCUGUCUAUCUCGACGUAGCUUUAUCCAUUGUACCGCAUUAUUUGGGUGGACGAAAAAUUCGGCCUUACCGUCCUAAUAAUCAUUACAUUCGUCAACCACACCUCGAAACUCCAGGUUCUUCUGCACUUUACACCAACCCAUCAGCUUCAUCGGCCGGGUCAACGGCCUUCGAAUCAUCCUUACGAAGACGUCGUCAUCGUAGGAGCUCCAGUGCUCUAUCUACAGCUGGUUCUACCACCCCAAUUAGCGAAAAGGCAUUCGGCUUGCUCCCUAGCAUUGGCCCUGAGCGAGAUUUUGAAGGUAUUGGCGGUUGGCGACUAAGUGGUGAUGACGAGACAUGGACCACAAUCAACUCAAGGCUCGAAUUGCCCGAUAAACAACACCAUGGACGUAAUCAUCACCGUUCCCCGUCAGGUCCCACGACACCUGGAGAGGGCGGAUAUCUUAUGAUGAAGGGACGCAACCGAAGCCCAUCAGCAAUGCGCACCUCGGCAUCCCCCAACAGCGCUCGCACAAGGACACCAUCUGGCCCUCACAUCGCUUUCACGAAUAAGACCUUUAUUGACAGCUAUUUCCCAAACUUCAAAAAUUCGCCAAAGGGACUGAAGAAAUUGCCCUCCCAGGGGGUUGUCGACGCAUAG